CGGAAAUUUGUAGUUCUGUUUCCGGUUUACGGCGGGAAGAGCGAACUGAUGUGAAUUCCAGUGCAGGUUUGUGCAGUAAUUAUGGCUGUUUGCGCUGCAGUGCAGGGGGUUUAUUGAGGUUUGAUUGCCGUUGGAGCUGUGUUUAAAGACAAAGCGAGGCUCAGAGCGGUGCAGCGGUAGCGGGGCAGCGGGGCAGCGCAUGGAGGAGGCCGCGGGCUCGGGCGCUGCUGCAGCUCCUGCGGGCCUCAGGACGGCGGUGACGGAGAUCCGGCUGCCGGCGGGAGCGCGCGCUGUGCGGCUGCGGGAGUGGAAGGUGGAGCCCGGAGCUCUGGUGAAGGUGGACUCCGUGGUCGCGUUAUGUGUGGCGGUUCCUACGGACGCGGAGUGCGGCUCAGAGGACCGAGAGCAGCCGAAGAGGCGGUUACCGGAGAAGAAGGUGAAGUCUGACCGCGCCGGAGUGGUGAGAGAGCUGUGUUAUCAGCUCGGAGAGGUCAUAUCUCCCGGGGAUGUUAUCGCGAGAAUAGAAGAAUGCAGCCAUCCCAUUGUGAUGAAGGGUCUGUGUGCUGAGUGUGGUCAGGACUUAACACAGCUGCAGAGCAGGAAUGGGAAGCAGCAGACCCCCAUCUCCACAGCAAUGGUUUCCAUGGUGCACAGUGUUCCCGAGCUGAUGGUCAGCUCAGAGCAAGCAGAGCAGCUUGGCCGAGAAGACCAGAAGAGGCUCCACAGAAACAGGAAGCUGGUUCUCAUGGUGGAUCUGGACCAGACUCUAAUCCACACCACAGAGCAGCACUGUCAGCACAUGUCUACCAAAGGAAUUUUCCACUUCCAACUGGGGAGAGGGGAGCCCAUGCUGCACACGCGCCUCAGGCCUUACUGCAAAGAGUUCCUGGAGAAGAUUUCCAAGAUGUAUGAACUGCAUGUGUUUACUUUCGGAAGUCGCCUCUAUGCACACACCAUUGCAGGCUUUUUGGAUCCUGAAAAGAAACUUUUCUCACAUAGAAUCCUGUCUAGAGAUGAGUGCAUUGACCCGUUCUCCAAGACAGGAAAUCUGAGAAAUUUGUUCCCAUGUGGCGACUCCAUGGUGUGCAUCAUUGACGAUAGAGAGGAUGUGUGGAAGUUUGCUCCUAACCUCAUUACUGUGAAGAAGUAUGUCUACUUCAAGGGAACGGGUGACAUCAAUGCCCCACCCGGCUCACGAGAGGCCCAGCUGGCAAAAAAAAGUGCAGGUAGCCUGGCGAGUCAAACUGUAGAGAACACCAGCACAUCUGGAUCAUCAGCCGAUGAGGGGAAGAAUAACGGCCUCCGGAAACAGGACAAGGAUAAAAAGUCUCUGCAGGACGAAAUGUCAGUCUGUGUCCCUGACAUUCAAGGAGCAUCAGAUAGCCAGAGAACUUCUCCUGAUGGAAAGAGGACAGAAAAACCACAUUUGAGUAAUAAAUCUGAUAUUAAAGUAGAGGAGUUGGGAGGCUUGGAUAGGACGAAGCAGUCUGGUGAGACUGUAGACCAAGAGAAUGUAACAGUAGCUGAUGGUAAUGACUCGGCUAAACCGGGAUUACCACAUAAUAAAAACGAUCAGCUCUUAGAAACCAUAAAACCUAAAGAACCAGACGCAGAUGAAGAGUGUUGCAGUACGGAGGAGAAUGGAGACGGAGGAUUAGACACUGACAGUGUCUGUGAUGUGGAUGAGGAGAGUUUUGGUGAUAAUGGAUGUUCUGACAAGAAGGAAACCGAGACAGAGUCUCAGAACAGUGAGCAGUCUGGUGUCACCAUGGGAGAGGAGUCUUUAGACCACAGCAUGGUGGAUGAAGAAGAAGAGGAGGAGGAGGAGGAAGACACAGACCAGGACGAUCACUUGAUUUACCUACAAGAGAUCUUGAUGCGUAUUCACAAUGAGUACUACUCGCGCUACGAGGCUUACCUCCGGGGGGACAGCUCCGAGAUGCCGGACAUUCGUAAAAUCGUCCCUGAGCUGAAGAGCAGUUCACUGGCAGGCACCACCAUCGUCUUCAGUGGCUUGUACCCCACAAACUACCCCAUGGAGCGAACACGAGAGAGCUACCACGCAAAAGCCCUGGGUGCCAAGAUUAGCAAGAGCCUCGUGCUCAAUGCCAAAGAUCCAGACUGCACCACCCACUUAAUAGCUGCACGUGCAGGUACGGAGAAGGUCCGGCAGGCCCUGGCCUGUAAGCACCUGCACGUAGUGAACCCUGAUUGGCUUUGGGGCUGCCUGGAGCGGUGGGAGAGAGUGGAAGAGCAGCUGUUCCCGCUGAAGGAGGACUACACGAAAUCACACAGAAGUAAUAGCCCAUCACCAUUUCCUGAUGUUCAAGAGUCCUUCCCAGCGCCUGUUAUUGACCCUGUUUCCAUCCAGCCCAAGGGCCCGCUGGCUCCAGAGGUGCACACGUAUGACUCUGUAACUGGGAAGUUGAUCCGAAGAGGCCCUCAAGUGCCACGUCACCCCCAGAAAUCAUCUGUGACGCUGCCAGGAAAUGAAGUGCACUUAAACUUUAGGGAUUUGAGAUUUCUGCAGCAGGAAGAUGUUGACAGCUCAAGACCAGAUGAUGAGCAGCCUGCACCUUCACGCAGGAAACGACAGCCGAGUCUGUCUGAAACCAUGCCUCUCUACACGCUCUGCAAGGAGGACCUUGACAGUAUGGACAGAGAGGUGGAUGAUAUUCUUGGAGAAGAAAGUGAUAAUGAUAGUGAGGGAAAAGAGAAGGAGGAGAGAGUGGAAGGAGAAGAGGAAGAUGAGGAGGCCAGCAGGCUGAGUGCUGAACCAGCAGAUUACCAACAGGCCGAGGGCACGACCGUCAAAGACACAUCAUCAACAUCCAAAGAAGAAAGCAGUCGGACUGGGAGCAUACCGAGAGGCCACAAGAGAAAACUGCAGGACACCAGAGAAGACGACGAUGACAAAGAUGGAGACUUGGCCAGCCAGUCCAGUAAGGAGUCUAAUGAGGACGGUAGUAGCUCAGAAGCAGAUGAGAUGGCCGCUGCCCUGGAGGCAGAGCUAAAUGACUUCAUGUGAGAAAAGACAGUGAGAAAAAUGACAAUGAAUUGACCUUUCGUUUCCAUCUCGUAUGUUUCUACGGCCCGAUUCAUGCAUGUCACCUCUACUAUAUGAAUAAGCGUGUGUGCGUGCGUGCGUGCGUGUGUGCGUGCACAUGUGUGUGAGCGUGUGUGUGUGUUUAUUGUACCUAGAACAGCGGGUGGAUAAAUAUUUACAAAGUGUGUAAACAAAGUGAAUUAUUGAGGUGUGAUGCCAGCUAUUUGACAAAGCUGUUAAACAUUUUAUUGCAUUGGGCAGUGGAUGGUUAGAUUUUGUUUCACAUUAAAGGUUUUACACAAAAAUAAAUAAAUAAAUAAAAUGAAUUUGUGAUAACUGCCAAAGACUAUGACAGGCAGCUAUAUUUUUUCAUAGGUUUUUGUUGUCCUCAAUUUCUUUUUCCACUUUUUGUCUAUGCACAAAAACCUUUUGGCACAUUACAAUGUUUUGUGAGGAGAAUUAAGUUGAAUUCUUUGCCAAACUGAGUGUUUAAUUAUCAUUUCUGUUAUUCUGUAGAAUCACUGUAAACAUUUAACUUAAAAUCAGCUUCCUUUACAGUAUGUGGGUUUUUUUUUGUGCUUUUAUUUUUAUGUUCAUUUAAAAGUUGAUGUAUGAUAUUCUGCUUGUAUAUUCGAUUUCGUACUGCCUUUCCUUACUAACUACCUUUCCUUACUAAACAAAAUGUACAAAAAAAUAAAGGUUUUAGAGAUUGAACAUGA